AUGGGUACACCAUUAAUUAAUUUAAAUAAAUAUUCCGUAACGGGGUCUUCCGUUACGGUGACUGGUACUACGGGAAAGGGAACUAAUAACACUUUUAGUACCACCAACAGUACUAACCUUACCAAAGGUACUAGUACUAAGGAUAUUAAUACUAAGGAAAGCCCUUUUGGGGUUGUUACUAAGGAUAUUAGUACCGUAGGACCAAGCACCGUAACUGAGGAGAAAAAUACUAAUAAAAUUGCUGUUGUAACUAAAACUGGGGAGUCAAGUACUUUUAUGGAUACUGUGGAUAUUAGUAAGGAUACUAAGGGUAAGGAUAUUAAGGGUAGUGAGGGAGUUACUAAUACUAAGGUAGCCCCUUUCGGGGAUAAGGUAGCCCCUUUUGGGGCUGUUGGUUGCCGUGGACCAGUCACCGUAACGGGGAAAAAUCCAAUAGAAAAAGUAAUAAAAAUAUAUUGGAUAAUGAUAAUAUUAUGUAUAGUAGAUUUUAUAGGUUCAUUAUUUGAUGUAUUUAUAUCAUUAGGAUUAAAAACACCACCAUAUCCAGUACAUAAUGGUUUAGUAAUGCAAUUUCUCUUAACAAAAGUUGCAGCAUUUUUACCAUUAAGAUUCCCAAUACUAUUUCUAAUUUAUAUUGUAUAUUUCAUUGGAUUAUUUACUUGUCAAUUCUUUUUUCAUCAUAUACAAGCAUUAAGAUAUAUAACUAUGCAAGUUACUAGUCAAAUUGUUAUUGGUAUUGAUUUAAUUUUAUUUAAUUUAUUUUUUAUUGAUUUUAUAAUUUUUAUGAUUUAUAUUUUGUAUAUAAUUUAUCAAAUAGUUUAUGGAUUCCAUAUAAAUACUAAAACACAUUUUAAUAUAAUAACAAAUAUAAAUAUUAAUUUUAAUAAUUUAAAUACUAGUGAUUAUGGAAAUUGGAAAUUAUAUUCAAGAAGAUUUGAAAUAUAUAAAUUAAGAAGACAAAAAGAAAUUUAUGAUUCAUUUGAAUCAAUAUUUACUCGACAAAAAGGAAUUUAUAUUGGAAAUAAUAUUAGUCCUGAAUUAAUUCAUAGUAUUAGUGUUAUGGAAGUUAAACUUAAUUCCAAUUGUACACAUGCUGAUAUUUUUAUUCUCAUUUCUGGUGAUUCUUUUCAACAACGUCAAUGUUAUUCAUGGUUAAAUCGUAAUAAUAAAAGAUUAAGAUAUUUAAUGGGACAAAUGUUAAGAUAUCGUAAAAAUGUUCCUACUAUAAAUUUUCAUCCAUAUAAUUUCAAAUCUUUCGGUAAAUUACAAUUUAAAUCACAUUAUAAAAUAGAUGGAGAGGAUGGAAUAGAUGGAGUAGAUGGAGAGGAUGGAGUAGAUGGAGUAGAUGGAGUAGAUGGAGUAAUAGACGGAAUCGACGGAGAAGUGGAAGAAGAAAAUACUAAAUCACAAGAAGAAAUAAAAUUAAUAAAUAUAAUAUAA